AUGCGGAUGACAAGGCAAUCAUUUGGCACAAGUCCUCUUUUUCAUGUUAUUGGUGGUGCAGCCAACGUGGAUGACAAGACUAUCAAUUGGCGCAAGCCCUCUCGUCAUUUUAUCGGUGGUGAAGCCGAUGCGGAUGACAAGAUGAUCAAUUGGCACAAGUCCUCUCUUCAUUUUAUUGGUGGUGGAGCCGAUGCGGAUGACAAGACAAUCAUUUGGAGGAAGUCCAUUCUCUAUUGGCAUGAGCUCUCUUUUCUUUUUAUUGGUGAAGCCGAUGCGGAUGCCAAGACAAUCAUUCGGCACAAGUCCUCUCUUCAUUUUAUUGGUGGUGAAGGCAACGUGGAUGAUAAGAUUAUCAUUUGGAGGAAGUCCAUUCUCGAUUGGCAAGAGCUCUCUUUUCUUUUUAUUGGUGGUGGAGCCAAUGCGGAUGCCAAGAUUAUCAUUGUGGCACAAAUUCUCUCUAUUGGCAAGAGCUCUGUGUACUUUCUUCUGGUGGUGGGGCCAAUGAAGAUGACAAAGACUAUGGACGUUGGCACGAGUUCUCUCUUUUGA